AUGACAACUGGAACAAAUCAAUCAAAACGAUUUGAUUCUUAUGCUGAUUUAACGAUGUCACCAUCACAAUCAGCCAGUGGUUCAUUUAUGUCAGCAACUGGUUCUAAAAUACCAGCUAGAUUCAGAACUUUACAUAAUUUAGUUAUUCAAUAUGCAUCUGUAGGUCGCUAUGAAGUUGCUGUACCAUUAUGUCAACAAGCACUUGAAGAUUUAGAAAAAACGUCGGGCCAUCAACAUCCUGAUGUUGCUACAAUGCUUAAUAUUCUUGCUCUUGUUUAUCAUGAUCAAUCAAAAUUUAAAGAAGCUGUUGCUUUACUUAAUGAUGCAUUAGCUAUUCGUGAAAAAACACUUGGACCUGAUCAUCCAGCUGUAGCAGCUACAUUAAAUAAUCUAGCUGUUCUCUAUGGUAAAUGUAAUAAAUUCAACAAAGCUGUACCACUCUGUCAACAUGCUCUUGAAAUUCGUCAAAAAUGUCUCGGUACAUCACAUCCUGAUGUUGCUAAACAGCUUAAUAAUUUAGCAUUACUUUGUCAAAAUCAGGGUAGAUACGAUGAAGUUGAAUCAUAUUAUAAACGUGCGAUUGACAUUUAUACAAAAAGUUUGGGUCCUGAUCAUCCAAAUGUUGUGAACACAAAAAGCAAUCUUGCAUCAGCUUAUCUUAAACAACAAAAAUAUAAAGAAGCUGAGGAAAUCUAUCAAAAUAUUUUAACACAAGCACUAGAAAGAGAAUUUUCAAAUAAAACUUCUGCUGUAUCUCAGCAACAACCAGAAACUCAAAAAUCUCAACAAUCAAACAGUGGAACAACAGGAGGAAAUUACAAUGCACAAGGUGGAUGGUAUAAAACAAUUUUAACUAAUCAGUCAACGAUAACGACAGUAUUAAAAAAUCUUAGUUUAUUAUAUCAACGUCAAGGGAAAUAUGAAGCAGCUGACACAUUAGAAAAGUGCGCAGCUAAAGCACGAAAAGAUCCACAAGCAAUUGUUCAAGUACUUGAUAUUAUUAAACAAACAAAUUUAACAACUCAACAACAACAACCAUCACCUUCAUGCCUCUCAUAA